AUGAAAUUGGUCAUGCAAUCCUUUAUUGACAAAAGUAAGCCAAUUUUGCAAAAAGCAGUUGCCCUUGAUCGAGACAACAAAAAAGAUGAAGCAGUGGAGAAUUAUGUAGAGGGUAUCACUUUAUUGCUCAGAGCCAUGUCAUGUGAUGACACGGUAGAAAGUGCCAGAGAAGCUCUACGAGAAAAAAUUUCAAAAUAUUUGACUAGAGCAGAGGUACUAAAAGGACAAAUGAAGCCAGAAAUACUCUCAGUGCAGCAGAUACAUAUCAUGCAUAACGAUACUGGUUUUGGAUAUGAAAGAAUUUUCAAACGAUGCGCUGACAAUGAUCUAACAGAAAUUAACGUUCGAGAUGCCUAUAUUAUGCUUCCUUAUCAAGUUUUGAAUUUCGUACGAUUUUGCGAAUUAUUUGUUCUUCAUGCACCAAACCUAAAAACGAUACGUCUUUGGACGCAUUAUGAUGCCAGGGCAGAAGGUUUACUACAGCAGCUGAAAGGUAGUUUAUUAUGCCAUAACAUCGAACUCGAUGUUUGUUACGACCAGAAUUUCCAUGAUCGAGAGAUCAGGCAAGUUUUAUUUGAAGAGAUGUUUUCAUUGUUCAGCAAUGGUUGGAUGGUAAAAAUUGGACGUGGAUUAAAUUAUUUCCAAAGUGUAGGGCAUUGUGAAAUUG